GUCGAGAGUGGUUCUUCGAUCGUGCGGACGAUUGCUUCCUCUUCGUGAAACGUGGAACUUUCUCCGUUAGGAUUGAGGGUAUCAAGUAUCAAGGCCUUUUCAAUUGACCACCGAAACUGAGCAGAGGCACAACAACCUUGGAAAGGUGAGCUGAUGUCUCCAUCACCUCUACUAUUGAUAGACUACAGAGCAAAGCAUCUCUAGCCAGAGCUAGCUACCUGUACUUGCUAGAAGCUAUCCAGUAGACUAGCCAGAUAUUAGACAGCCGGUUAAUUCAUGGGCCAGCCACAUUGAUCGCAUGAAGAAGUCUCUUGAUCAGGGUAUUCUCUGUUAGCGUUCGGAAGAGAAGCGAGAAAAGUGUUCUGUGGAGUCAAGUCGAGUUACUACCGUGUGCUCUUCGCAAGCCAGGGUACAGUAGUGUCUCUAUCUUCUUGAUUAUCUUGUCAUUUUAGUCAUCAAGAUGAAGAACGGCCACCGCAAGAAUGGUUCGAGUAGUAGGACGACGACAACAACCAGCAUUCGACGCAACAGUGACUCUGCCAGUGUCUCGAGUUUGAGCGAGUUUCAUAGUGCCCGAAGUGGCGAUUCCUUAUCUCGAUUCCCCUAUCAUCAUCACCAUCAUGAAGGAUCCAAAGGCUCCGGCCGUAGUCAACGCCGUGGAGCUCCGCAACGAACUCGAUCUCGAUCGUUGGAUAUUGUGGGAGGGGAUGACGACGAUUCCAUGGAGUUCAAUAACGACAAUAGUGAUAACAACAACUCUCCCUACCACAACUCUGGCACGGAAGGUCGUCAUGUGCGUCGGGGACGCCGCAAUACCAAUAAUUCCAGUUUGGCGUCCUCUGCGGCCUCAAUGGAACUGGACGAAUCAGCAGCCAGUGUCCUCAUGUUACAAGAAUCCUCCACGUUUCCAGAACUAUUGCAAGGCGAUGAAUUGCAACAAGCCAGUGGCUGGAAUUUCGCCAUGGAACAUCGGAUAUUCCUCAAAGCCGUACUAGAGUUACUGGCACAACGCGACAAGGUCGCCACCGAAGUGGGCAUGAAUGACCCAAACGUCUUGAAAUCGGGGCCACUCAAAAAGGCAUCGCACUUGAUGCGGGGGAUUUGGAAGGUCAAAUAUAUCGAGAUACGACGGGGAAUGUUUUCCUAUUACGAAGAUGCGUCCAAUAGAAACGCAAAUGAAUCAUCGAACUUGUUGCGCAAAAACAUACCACUCGAAGCCAAUGCCUGUCACUGUCGGGCGGUACGCUUGCAUCAAAAGGCUUGGAAUAUCACUCCGCGUGGCGCCAUUUUCGAAUUGGCCAUUACUGGAAGACCCAAACGAUUAUGGAUGGCCAAUUCCAGAGAAGAACGACAGGCGUGGAUACAGGCCAUUCAUGAUGCCAUGGUGGGAGGUUCCGUCACACGAGGAGGGAACAUCAAUCAAAAGACACAAGAAUCCAAAAUGUCACCCUAUAAAGAGGAUAUCAAAAAGUACCAAAAAGUACAGGGAAUGCUGCGAAAUGCCAAGACCAAGGAAGACUACGUCAUUGCCUUGAGAACUAUUUUCCGACAUGAUCUCAAUGUACCCGUCAAAAUCAUUAUUGAACAGACCGAACAAGAGAGCAAACCCAACAGCGACGUCAAGGGUGCGUUUCAUGAAGGAGACGUCAAAUUUGGGGUCGAUCAACUCUACAAAGAUCUGCUGCGAGAUACCUUGAAAAUCAACUCGGAAUUGUACAAUGGCAAUAGUGGACAUGCCCCGGAACGCAUCACGGGAGACCUGGCGCGGCGCAUUCUACUCUGUGGCCGCCGCGACGACGACACUACUACGGCUAGCAAAUAUGACAUGUCCGAAUCGCAGGCAUUGGCAUAUGCCCGGGAUGUCCUCUUGUCGGGGAAUCGGACCCGCAGUGGCGGUGAUGCGUACUUUUGCGUCGACACACUAUGCAAAAAUGAAGAGCUCGUCGUCUUGGUCCCGAGCUCGAUGGAGGCCGAACCCGUCUCUAUCACAGUUAGUCGCGAUGACGAUGAUGAUGCCAUUGGAAACGAUUUGCAUUCCAAAAGUGGGUGGCUACGAACACGACGAAGGACUCGCAAUGCCUGGGUCAAGGCCUAUUUUGUCCUUUCGGAAGGGACGCUUAGCUUUUACGAGCACGCCCUGCCGCGACCGCAUGGAUUGCAGGGGCAGCUAGCCAUUUCCGAAGCUACCAUGUCCGUUGCGAGAGAAGAACAAAAGGGCAAUGGCUUUGUCUUGACCAUUGUGGCAAAGGACAAGGUGGAGCGGCAACUCUUGUUCGAAUCCGAAGAACGUCUCUUGGUCUGGGCGUAUGCGCUCGAGUGCGUUGCCAAGUCCAAGGGAGGAGCCGCACCCGCCACUUUGACAAAGGCAAUGAAGGGUGUCAUGGCAAGGAUGCCAAGGGUGUCCAUCGUGGGGGUCGUCGGAGCGAAUCCAAUAGCCAUCAAUCCCAAUCACCCGAGAUCAGCGGGCAACUUUGCGGAGGACACGGCGAUGGAGGGCGCCAGUCUCGCAGAGGCGGCUCUGAAGGAACACGUGGCCAAUCUGGGCCUUGAUUUCAAAGACUUGGGAAGCCGCCUUGCAGCAUUUGCCAACCAAUCAUCACCCACCGUAAAGGUAGCGAUUGAAGCGGGGACUGUGUACAAGGUUUGUACGUUGGAUCCCGAAGGCGUCGAAAGCAAGGAUACCUGGGCAAUCAUUGAGGCGACAUUUCUUCAGGAUUUCCGUGUGAGUGGUGGACCCAAUGGACGGAUCAUCAGGGGUCAAGAAACGGUUCGAAUUGAUGUUUCUCGGUGCUCGGCACCGGCAUCAUUGCCUUCGGUUCGUCGCAUGUCAACCGAGGAACCAACAACAGGUCGGCAACUCCCAAUACCAAAACUUUUACGCACCUUCAGCGAUGAUGUUGAAUACAGGGGCAGCAAAUCAAGAGCAAGGAACACAUAG